CGAUAACAUAUUUUAUACAUUCAUUUAUUGCCAAAAACAAUAUUCAAGAUUACAAUUAAUUUAAUAUAUAUUUUAUGUCUCUUUAAAUAUACAAUUAAAUAGUUUUUCCAGUUUUGGCGUCGAUUAUAGACUAUAUUUUUCGACAAAUCAAUAGUUUUUAUUAAAUUUAAAGUUUUAUUUACAAUAAAAGUGUUGACAAAAAAAUCCAAUAUUUUUGAUUACCAAUUGUCUCGUCGAUAAUGUCUAACGCAACCAAUUCUUCGCCGGUUAUGCAAAGAGCUAUCGUUAAACUGGUCCUUUCGGGCGAUUCGCUGAUCAUUAGAGGUCAGCCAAAAGGUGGUCCACCGCCUGAAAAGCAGAUCAAUUUGGCCUAUUUGAUUGCACCAAAAGUUGGCCGUAAGUUACCGGACGGCAACUUCAGUAACGAUGAGCCGCACGGCUGGGAAUCGCGUGAAUUUUUGCGUAAAAAACUGGUCGGAAAAGAGAUUCAGUUUCGCACGGAAUACAAGAUAUCGAUGGGUCAAUCUCAACGAGAGUUUGGUUUCCUAUUUCUCGCCGAUGAGAACGUGAACGACACGGUUGUCAUCGAAGGCAUGGCGGAAGUGGUCCGACGGCAGCAAAACAAAGAUAACGCCGAAGUGUUGCGUCUGAUUGAGUUGGAAGAGUCGGCCAAAACGGCCCAAAAGGGCAAAUGGGAUGCGGUUUCGACCAAACGAGAAGUGCUCCAUGAAGUGGAAGAGCCCCAGAAGCUGGUCAACAAGACUCUGCCGGCUAUUGUUGAACACGUUCGCGACGGCAGUACUCUUCGGGUGGCCCUCGCAUUAGAGGCCAAUAAGAAGUACCAAAUGAUAACAUUAAUGUUGAGUGGAAUCCGUUGUCCACAAACUGGUGAACCAUUUGGAGAAGAGGGCCGUUAUUUCACUGAAUCACGACUUCUCCAGAAAGACGUUGAGAUCCGUAUCGAGCAGUUGAGUGGCGGCGGAAACCAAAACUCUUUCGUCGGUUCGGUUACUAUUGGCGACAAAAAUAUUGCCGAAUAUUUAAUUAAAGAGGGAUUCGCUAAGUGUCUGGACUGGACUAUCGGUCUGACACAAGACCCCAAGAAAUUGCGUUCAUUGGAAAGGGAGGCGAAGACCAAGAAGUUGAGGAUCUGGAAGGACUUCAAAGAGCCGGUGAAAGCCGUCGGAUCUAAUGAGAGCUUUGAGGCCAAGGUUCUGGAAAUAGUGAACGGCGACGCUCUGGUCGUCCAGAAUUUGGGCAAUAAUGAAGUGAAAAAGAUUUUCAUCGCUUCCAUACGUCCGCCGAGAGCUGAGGGCACCAGAAAUGAUGACGAGAAGGAGAGGAGACAGUUUCGACCACUUUAUGAUAUUCCGCAUAUGUUUGAAGCGCGAGAAUUCUUGAGGAAGCGGUUAAUCGGGAAAAAAGUGAACGUAAAAGUGGAUUACAUUCAGCCCAAGACCGAUAACUUCCAGGAGAAGACCUGUUGUACUGUUAUUGUGGACAACAAUAUAAAUAUCGGCGAAGCGCUCAUCAGUAAAGGAUUGGCUACUGUUGUCAAGUAUAGACCGGACGACGAGCAGAGAGCCAGCGGUUAUGACAGCUUUUUGGCCGCGGAAUCAAAGGCACAAAAGAGCUCUAAAGGGAUCUAUUCGGACAAUAAAGACUCGGGUAUUGUGCGAAUCGUGGACUUGAGUUCGGAUCAGUCGAAAGCCAAACAAUAUCUUCCAUUUCUGCUCCGCAAUCAAAGUGCCAGAAAGGAUGCGGUCGUGGAGUUUGUGUUUCCCUCGUCUUCCAAAAUCAAACUUUUCGCUCCGAAAGACAACUGUUUAUUGAAUCUAAUUCUGGUUGGGAUUCAGUCGCCGAAGAAUAACGACGCCAUCAGUUCAGAAGCGCAUACUUUUGUCAAACAACGAAUCCACCAAAAAGACGUACAAAUGAGUAUUGAGGCGAGCGAUAAAGUGGGCAAUUUUAUCGGUUGGCUGUACUUCGAGCACAACAACACUCAAUGCAAUUUAGCUGUGGAGCUGAUCCGCAAUGGGUUCGCGUCGGUCCGCGACAUCAAUAAGUCGAAUGAGUUGAAUGCGGCCGAAGCUGAGGCCAAACGACAGAAGAUUGGCAUUUGGAAGGAUUGGAAGGAAGAGGAACACAACGAGGAGUUAGAGGAGGCCAUCACUGAAGAGGUGAACGAAAAGGAAACCUCGGAUUUGAGCCAAAGGAAGAAAGUGGUCGUAACCAACAUAUCCAGCGGUUUAUCUUCAUUUCACGCCCAAUAUGUGGACGACGGACCAAAACUCGAGGAAUUGCUGACUGAACUGAGAGAAGAACUUACAACAAACCCUCCACUGCCCGGCGCUUAUAAGCCCACAAAAGGUGAUCUCGUUGUGGCCAAGUUCUCGGCCGAUCAGCUCUGGUAUAGGGCUAAGGUCGAGAAGAUUGUGUCCAAUAACGAGAUUCAAAUCCUUUACGUGGAUUACGGCAAUCGGGAAACAGUCAACUCGCGAAGUAUAGCUGCGAUGCCGUCGUCUAAGUAUUCCAGUAAUAGUCCGUUCGCUAAGGAGUACGCCCUGGCGUUCGUACGGCUCGACACCGAUCCAGACUUUGUCGACGAUGUGAGGAACGCCUUCUCCGACGAGACGGCCGAUCGGGUGCUCCUCUUGAAGAGCGAAUACAAGGACGCGUCCGGACUCGAGGCCGUCACUCUCGUCGACGAAGAGUCCAAAAAGGAUAUUGUCCUUCAGUUGGUUACCGACGGACUCUUCUUCGUUGACGUUAAGUCCAGACGAGAGAGAAGACUACAGAAAACUUUCAACGAAUACAAAGGAGCGCAAGAAAGCGCUAAAAAGAAAAGGUUGAAUAUCUGGCAAUACGGAGACAUCACUGAAGAUGAUGCCAAAGAGUUUGGAUUCUCCAAAUGAUACUCUUGACUCUUCACAUUCAAUGAAAUCGUUUAUGAAAUCUAUUCUUUAAUUACAAUAAAAAUGAGAUAUAAUUCUAUAUAUAAUUAUUAUUUGAAAUUAUUUCUUAAAUAAAUCAUUUAUGGAAACGAAUUGAAUUCAAACAUUUUUAUAAGAAA